GUGAGGUGACAUGGACGACUUAUUAAAAACCGCAGGACUUGGAGUUCAGCCAACUAGGAUCUCACCCCGUGGCUGCGACCGGAUCUGGAGAGGUUUGGAUUCACGUGUGGAGGUGCUGUCCUGUCUGGUUCUGUGUGUCCAGGGGGUGAUUUGAGACGGACAGACGGGAAAUUGAUUGGCGUCCGCUUCAACCAGACGUAUAAAAGUCGUAGAAGCCGCAUUUGAGGACCGGAGAUGGAGAUGGAAGACCACUUGGUAGAUUCGACGUUGAUCAACUUUGUCAACGACAUGAACUUGAUUGAGAUUCCUCAAAAGUAUUGCUUAGGGCCAAAGCAGCAGGUGGAGGGCGCCGCGUCCGCUGGGAGCAGCCAGAUGAGGCUGAACGUCUCGUCCUGGAGCCGGGACGCGGAGAACGUGGACCGCGCCGCGGAUUUACGCACGGAGCAUCUGACGGGCGCGCCGAGGUACUACAGCCGCGGGGGCCACGGGCGCGGCAGGUCCAAGCGGCGGAGGCUCAUCACCGUGGUGCAGCGACAGGCGGCGAACGUGCGCGAGAGGAAGCGCAUGUUCAGCCUGAACGAGGCGUUCGACGAGCUGAGGAGGAAGGUGCCCACGUUCGCCUACGAGAAGAGGCUGUCGCGCAUCGAGACGCUUCGCCUCGCCAUCGUCUACAUCUCCUUCAUGACGGACCUGCUGGAGAACACCUGAGGCGGACAGACGCUGCAGCCGGAACCCUGUAACAUGGAGAGUGGACGGCUCCCGGAAGGCACAAGCCAGUCGCGUGGAUCUAAAUAUUUAUUGUCUUUAACAAAAUACGAGUAUCAGCUCCAAACUUUGAAAUCCUUUGUUUUAUUAAGAAAGUGCAGGUGACAUCAUUUCAUCUUAUAUUAUUAGAAAUAAGCAGAAGGACAACAAGAACCGCAACACAGUACAACGAACAAGACGCGCAGAUUUAUAGGAUUAUGAAUACUGUUCCAGUCCCCAUUACAUUUGUUUACGUAGUCCAAUGAACCCACGGUUGUUUUAAAAGCUAACUGACCUUCAGAUUCAUACAAAGCAUAGUGGAAUAUUCACAUAUUAAAAGGCGAAGGUUCAGGUGUGUUUUCAGCACCUCGGACAGCGACAGACGCGUCCUCAGGCGCUCACCUGUAUAGGGGGUUUCUAUAGACACAAAUGUGUGUGCUUUUCAAUAUUAUCGUUGGCACUGAUUGUGUUAAUCGAGCCAUAAAUACUGUAUGACGGGAGCGAUGAGGCACGAUCCCCAGAGGCAGACUGAGUGACCGACCCUGAGGCUGUGACACACGCGAGGGUCCUGCUGGACUCAGGCUCAUCAGAGCCGAGGCCUCCCGGUGGGCGCUCCACACCGCAGACCCCCAGCUUUGGUUUCAGCCACAUGCAGAGGUAUUUCUGCCGGGUAGUGACAUUAUAUCUCGGUGAGCCUCCUGGCUGGGUGGUAAUGCACGCGCGUUUAAGUCCCGCGUGCGCGAUCGCCCCUUUCACUCUCUCCUCGGUUCAUCUUCAUCGCGUCCACUGUUUGCAUUGUAUCCAGUCGUACACCGCCUUUCGGCGACCCCGCUGUGAGCCGGGAUCCGCCCCGCGAGCUCCCUGGUACGGCUCCUCUUUUAAACCUGAGCCGCUGGUGUCGACAUCCCCGCGGGGGUCAGACCCGUUUAGGCGCAUACCUCAACGAGGGCCCGCUGACGGGAAAAUAAACACCUUGGUCUGUUUACACGGCCAGAAAUCUCCCGCUGCGACAUCCUCCUGUGUUUCAGUAGGUCUGAUAUUUUUCACCGCCUAGACUUAGUGAAAACUAGAACUACUGGCCAGCAGACUUGCAGGGAGACUACAAUUCUAUUUGUUUCAAUGAAAAUAAAAAAAAUAAAAGAAAAAUUAAAGGGGAUUUACACAGUAUCUCAGACUAAAGGGUAAUGUUUUGUAUUAUUAUUAUUAUUAUUGAUAUUAUUAUUAUUAUAUAAGACGGUUUACUUAAAAACAAUUGUUUUAUAGAUUCCAAUUGCGCAAACC